CUAUACACCGACGUAUAUACAGAAGCUACCGAUGGUCUAAAUUAUUUUCUGACUCUUAAACCCUAAUUAAGCCGCUGCAACCACAGUUUUCUUUCUUCCUGGAAGAGUUGUUUCUUUCUAUAAGGAAGGAAUGGGUCGUCUUGUAAGCUCUGUAACAGAGCUAAAGAAAAAAGAGAAGAGAGACAAAAAGGCUAAAUCCGGUGGGUUCGAAUCGCUAAAUCUAACCUCAAAUGUGUUUAGAGGCGUGAAACGUAAAGGGUAUAGAGUCCCAACACCUAUACAACGCAAAACCAUGCCUUUGAUUCUUUCUGGUGCCGAUGUGGUCGCAAUGGCUCGAACAGGGUCUGGUAAAACAGCAGCUUUCUUGAUUCCCAUGCUCCAGAAGCUGCAGCAGCAUGUCUCUCAGUCUGGUGUUAGAGCCCUCAUUUUGUCUCCCACUCGUGAUCUUGCUCUUCAGACACUUAAGUUUACCCAAGAGCUCGGCAGAUUUACCGACCUUCGGGUUAGUUUAUUGGUUGGUGGCGAUAGCAUGGAAAGUCAAUUUGAAGAACUGUCACAGAGUCCCGAUAUCAUAAUCGCAACUCCGGGUAGGCUGAUGCAUCAUCUGGAAGAGGUGGACGAUAUGUCAUUACGAUCAGUUGAAUACGUGGUUUUUGAUGAAGCCGACAGUCUCUUUAGCAUGGGGUUUGCUGAGCAGUUGCACCGAAUCCUCAUGCAGCUCGGUGAUAACCGGCAGACCUUGCUGUUUAGUGCAACCUUACCUAGUGCUCUUGCUGACUUUGCCAAAGCCGGUCUCCGGGACCCUCAACUUGUGCGUCUUGAUUUGGAGACCAAAAUUAGCCCUGAUUUGAAACUUACGUUUUUCACCUUAAGGCAUGAAGAAAAAUUAGCUGCUUUGCUGUAUUUGAUUAGGGAGCAUAUCCGAUCCGAUGAGCAAUCUUUGAUAUUCGUUUCUACGAAACAUCAUGUUCAGUUUCUUGAUCAUCUGGUAAGAGAAGAGGGUAUAGAACCUUCGGUUUGCUAUGGUGAUAUGGAUCAAGAUGAUCGCAAGAUCAACGUCUCGCGGUUUCGAUCAAGGAAGACGAUGCUUUUAAUUGUGACGGAUGUUGCAGCUAGAGGGAUCGACAUUCCACUGCUUGACAACGUUAUCAAUUGGGAUUUUCCUCCUAAACCGAAACUAUUUGUUCAUCGGGUGGGUAGGGCUGCGAGAGCUGGUCGGACCGGUACUGCGUUUUCUUUCGUCACGCCUGAAGACAUGGCUUAUCUUCUAGAUCUACAUCUUUUUCUUUCUAGACCAAUCCGGCCUGCACCCACUGAAGAAGAGUUUGUGCGUGAUAUGAAGGGCGUUAUGUCAAAUAUCGAACAGGCAAUGGCGAAUGGUGAAACUGUGUAUGGCCGUUUCCCCCAAACGGCUAUUGAUCUUGUUGCAGACAGAGUUCGUGAAAUACUUGAUUCGUCCACAGAAUUGGACUGCUUGUUGAGGCCUUGUGAAAGAGCGUUCCGUUUGUACACCAAAACAAAAGAGAAGCCGUCCAGGGAGUCUGUUAAAAGAGCUAAAAAUUCGCCCCGUGAAGGGUUGCAUCCAAUGUUUAUGAAAGCACUGGGGGACAAUGAAUUAUCUGCACUAGCAUUUUCAGAGAGCUUAAAAGCAUACAGAGCGAAGCAAACCGUCUUGGAAUCUGAAGGUCAUGCUGCGAAAGCAAAGCAUCUUCAGGGACCUUCUAGUCAAUGGGUUGAUGUUAUGAAGAUGAAACGAGCUAUUCAUGAGGGGGUCAUUAAUAAAGUAAACCAGCAGCACUCUACCAAUCUUUUAGCAAAGGAAGUUGAAGCUACAGAUAAUACUUCAACAGGCACCGGAAAGAAAGUUUCCGGUAGUAAAAGGAAGGCACGGAGCUUCAAGGAUGAUGAAUUUUUUAUAAGUUCAGUGCCAACUAAUCAACAUUUUGAGGCAGGCCUCUCAGUCAGAAAUAACCAAGGUGGCUUCGCUUCCAACAGGUUGGACUCAGCUGUCCUGGAUCUAGCUGCAGAUGAUAGUGGAGGAUUACAAAAGCAGAAAUCUUCAUAUCACUGGGACAAGAGGAGUAAAAAGUACGUCAAAUUGAACAAUGGCGACCGCGUCACGGCUAGUGGAAAGAUAGUAACAGAGAGCGGUUCAAAAGCAAAGGCGAAUAAAACUGGAAUAUAUAAAAGAUGGAAAGAAAGAUCUCACAGUAAGAUAUCUUUCCAAGGAUCAAACAAUGAAGCGGCGGAAUCUACAAGUCUAAGAGCAGGAGGGCGCAGAACGCAAGGAGGGUACAGAGGUGGGAACAAGAGUCGUUUGGUUCCUAACGCUCAUGUGCGUUCAGAAGUGAAAAAUCUUGAACAAGUUCGAAAAGAAAGGCAGACAAAAGCAACUAAAGCCGCUUUUAUGAAGAAUAACCCGAAGAAGGGGAGUAAGUUUGGAAGUAAAAGGGGAAAGGGAAAGGGAAAGGGAAAGGGAAGGAAAUAAUAAAGAUGUUAAUGUGACAAUUGAGUUUCCCUCUUCUCUUUUCAUGGAGAUUUUUGUUAUUAGAUGAUUAGUAAAGUGUUGCUCUUAUCACAUUUGCCUUUUGUACUUCUGUUUCAUAAAAGUUGUGCCAUAAGAAUUAUUACACA